AUGGGGAUGGAGGUCUUCACCGUUGAUGUUGCCGCUGCUGCCGCCCCUUCUUGGAGGGAAAUCGCGGCAGAUCAGCCGUACCCUGUCACGUGGUAUUUACCUUCCAGAUCAGUCCCGGGGGCGAUAUAUUGGGUUAUCGACAUUGAGCAUGUCAAGCCAUGUCCACAUGGCCUCCUCCGCUUCGACCUGAAAGACGAGACUUUCAGUUUGACUCGUCUUCCUGAGUCGUUGCCAUUAGGCCUAAUGUACUUCGUGGACGUGAUGCACGGCGGGGUGCUAUGUGUAAAUGGUUUUGCCAGACGUGAAGGUGCUGGCGAGGGAGAGCAGACACUGACGAUCUGGGCACUGCUUGAAGACGGCGAUGGGGCAAGCUCGCGGUGGGAACCACGUUACUCUGUGCAUAUCUUAUACCAUUGUCAUCCGAUCUCUCUUCUUCCAGACGGCGUCGCGAUUAUGAUAUCUCUAGGACCCACGGUCUACCGCUACCAGAUGGAUGCUGAUGAAUUGACGGCCCUGUGUGACUUGACAGAAUUCAGAUACCAGCGUCGUAGAGCUGGCACCUUUGAGCCUCCUUGGAAGAAAAUCCCCAUCUUCAAUUUUAUACCUUAUACCGAGAGUUUGGUUCCGAUCAGUGCUCACCUGUCUAACCAACUUUGA